CGCAGAGAACCAGUACAUCUUCGCUAUCCGACCAAUGUAGACAGGAAAAGGCCCUUCGGGAGAACGACUGUGUACGCGUCCGCCGGAAAGCACUGUAAAAAUUUAGUGUGAAGUGUUCAUUCUUUGCUACUACUGGCGCCGCCUGUUUUGCACGAGGAAUUGAAUAAGUGUCUACUAGCGGAGUUGAUUCCGUGUUUUCCGGAUAGCAUCAUCAUCAUACAAAGGCGAAACAUCGACACCGGAAAGUGAUAAGUGAUACCCAGAGCUGAACAAUUGUUUCGAAGGCAGAAAGAAGAAAGAAAAAUUAACCAACCGUGACACAAUCCAAGCGUGUGCCCAAUCUCCAGAAAAACGGUUCCGGUGUACAUAGUUAAGUGGCAGUGGCAGUGCAAGAGCAAACGAAGAUUCGCACAGUGCAGAAGCUUUUCAAAUUGCAAUCAAGUGAAUCAAUCAAGCGCGUUCUUCUUGGCGUUUCGCGAUCGGAGUGUGCCUUGACGUUCAGGUUGGUGUCAUUCGCGUCGCGGGAAUUGUACAAGCGAGGAAAAACGUGAUCGCAGAAUUAAGUAAUUCCGGACACCCCCAGAAAAACAUCGCUGCACCCGAGAGCUCACCAGCACCGUUGGAGCCGAAGAAGCAUGGCAUGGCGAUUUAAGGCAUCCAAGUACAAGAACGCAGCCCCGAUCGUACCGAAGCCGGAGGUAUGCAUCCGGGACAUUUGUGUGGGUUCGUACCAAACGUACGGUAAUAACAUCGCCGCAUCCGCCGCAUUUAUUGCCUUCAAUUGGGAACACGUCGGCUCCAGUGUUGCCGUGCUGCCCAUCGAUGAUUGUGGACGGAAGAGCAAAACCAUGCCGCUGCUGCAUGCGCAUUCCGAUACGGUAACCUAUCUGGAUUUCUCGCCAUUCCACGAUGGAUUGCUCGCGACUGGCUCCCAGGACUGUCUGGUCAAGGUGUGGCACAUCCCGGAGAAAGGGCUGGAGAACUCCAUCUCGAAUCCGGAAUGUACCUUCUCCACCAAACAACGAAGGGUGGAAACAGUGGGUUUUCAUCCGACGGCAGACUGCCUUCUGUAUUCAACGGCUGUGGGAUCCGUUAGUUUGUGGGAUUUAACUUGCCAACAAGAGUCUUUUUCGAACAACCAACAUCCCGAGGUGAUCCAGUCGCUUAGUUGGAAACAGGAUGGGAAAAUCUGCGCAACCAGCUGCAAGGACAAGAUGGUUCGGAUUCUGGAUCCACGAGCGGAAGCACCAAUUACAAUGAUCGCCGAAAGUCAUCAAAGCAUUAAAGAUUCUCGCGUUGUCUGGCUCGGAGGUCAGGAUCGUAUUCUAACCACCGGGUUCGAUGCUGGACGGCUGCGGCAGGUUAUUAUUCGAGACUUGCGAAACUUUUCCGCACCGGAGAAAACCAUGGAGUUGGACUGUUCAACCGGAAUACUGAUGCCACUUUACGAUCCGGAUACGAACAUGUUGUUCUUGGCGGGUAAAGGCGAUACUACGAUUUCCUAUCUGGAGGUUACGGACAAGGAUCCCUAUCUGAUCGAGGGAAUCCGACACUCCGGAGAGCAAACUAAGGGCGCUUGUCUCGUGCCUAAGCGAGCACUACGUGUGAUGGAAGGCGAAGUGAACCGUAUCAUGCAGUUGACCUCCAAUUCGGUGAUUCCGAUAAUGUACCAGGUGCCACGAAAGUCUUACCGUGACUUCCAUGGUGACCUUUACCCGGACACAAACGGAUUCAAAACCGAAUUAACGGCGACCCAAUGGCUCAAGGGGACAAACCUGGACGUCCCAAAAAUUAGCCUGGAUCCGGCGAAACGAGAACUGGGCGAUCAGCCAAUCAUUAUCUUGAGAGGUAACCUGACUGAAGUGGUUAAAAAUAUUGCAAACAAGUCCAAGAAUGCUCCGACCACGAUCUGCUGCACGGCAGAUAAAAUAGACAAAGCGUCAAUCGUCAAACCGGCAUUCGUUCCGAUCAAGGAUAAAAUCAAAAAGAUGGAACAACAAUCUCACAGUGAGAAGAGUGAGUUCGAGCAACGCUUCAAAGAGGUCACCUCAGCAAAGGAAAGCAAAAAUAACGAGAAUGCCAACAUAUUGAUAGAUCCGAAGUUAUGCUAUGAAAGCGAAAGUAACGGGAAUCAUUUGAAUAAAUUGAGUGACGACGAUCCGGAAUGCGUUGAAGAAUUGGAUCAACCGGGUGAAGUGACGCCUCCAAAACCGAUGCCAAGAACUUCCCGCAAUAAUUCAGUAUCCGAUCAACUUUCGUCGUGCAGCGAGGAAGUGCCUGUUGUUCCUGCGCCUCGACCAGUUGCUAGACCCAGGACAACUGCUACCGGAUAUAAGCCCCGUCUUGGACCUAAACCGUUCUGCAGCACAGGCUCAUCCGGUGACUUCUCCUUCGACAAAGUGUUCAAUGUACCUCAAGCUCCAGGUUCUGAGAACGGAGAAUCAUUGAAAGACUCGAAUGAUAACACACAGGAGAACAGUCUUGGCUCGAACGGAAGUGUUGAGGAGACUCACGAGAAUGGCAAUUGUAAAGAAUUGGAUCCGACAUCGGAGGUAACUGAUGAGGUGCCACUGCGAUCAAAAGUCCCUAGCGAGGAAGAAAAACCGCGUAUCAUUUCCACUGCCGAACGAAGAAAGUCUGGGGAUCGUGAAAAGAUUUUCGAAUCAAGGGUAUCUCCAGUAUCUGAAGAUCAGUUUGACGCUGCUUCGGAUGACAAAGCGAACCAAUUCGAGCGAUUCAGCGGUCAACGCACCAGUAUUGCUGAGCGACGCCGUUUGUACGAGAACCGAUCACAAAGCGUUCAGGAAGAGAAACCAGCCUCACCCGUUCCUCUGAGACGUCGCGAUUCACUGAAGUCUCGCGGAGAACAAAAAACCGACGAAGAAGCGAUGCCACCGCCGGCUAGCGUAGAGUUCACUCGCAACCGAAGUGAUCUGUCUAAGGAAAACCUACCAGCAGACAUCGCCAAACGAAACAACAGCAAUAAUUCGGCAAACUCGACUUCUAAGCGGACGUCAACGGUGUUUGGUCGGGUAUCUAAAUUCCGCCAUUUGAAGGGUACACCGGGUCACAAGUCGACACACAUCGAGAAUAUUCGCAACCUAAGCCGCCAAAUACCGGGCGAAUGUGAUGGUUUCCAGGCGAACUCGGAGCGUGUUGCUGUGCCGAUCUCUGGCGCGGGUGGAAAAAUUGCAAUAUUUGAGCUAAGCAAACCGGGACGGCUUCCGGAUGGUGUCAUUCCUUCGUUAGUCAACGGAAAUAAUAUAAUGGAUUUUCAGUGGGAUCCAUUCGAUAACAAACGGUUGGCGGUUGCUUGCGAUGAUGGUCUCGUCAAGAUAUGGGCCAUUCCGGAUGGUGGCCUAACGGAACCAACUAACGAACCAGAGAAAGAAUUGGUGGCACAUUCGGACAAAAUUUACAUUAUUAGAUAUCAUCCUUUAGCGAAAAAUGUCUUCCUUACGGCUAGCUACGAUAUGACGUUAAAGGUUUGGGAUUUGGAAACAUUGGCGGAAAAGUAUUGCUUGAAGGGUCAUACGGAUCAAAUAUUUAGCUUCGCGUGGAGUCCCUGUGGGACGCUCGGUGCGACAGUGUCAAAAGAUGGAAAAAUUCGUGUGUACAAUCCGAGAAAAUCCGAAAAUCCUAUCCGAGAAGGUAAUGGACCCGUCGGAACACGUGGUGCCCGAUUAGUGUGGGCCAUCGAUGGAGAGUACAUUGUUGUUACAGGAUUUGAUAAAGUUUCCGAGCGUCAGAUUUACGUGUACAAAGCUACGGACCUCAAUGCCCCUCUCGGGAUGGUGGGGCUUGACGUUUCUCCAGCUAUACUAAUGCCAUUCUACGAUGAAGACAGCUCUACCCUUUUCGCUACAGGCAGGGGCGAUUCUACCAUAUACUGUUUCGAAAUUACCGAGGAGUCACCUUUCAUCUGCCCACUGUCACACCAUCGGUGUCCUACUCUGACACAGGGACUCAGUUUCCUUCCCAAAAACCAGUGCGACGUCGCAUCGGUUGAAUUUGCCAAAGCACAAAGGCUGACUAACGGUACGAUCGAACCGUUAAGCUUCACCGUGCCACGCAUCAAAAGUGAGUUGUUCCAAGAUGAUCUGUUCCCACCGACCAGGGUUAUGUGGGAACCGACGCUCAGUUCGGCGGAAUGGUUUGCUGGGCGGGAUAAAACCGCCACUCGUGUUAGUCUUCAGCCAGAAGGAAUGGAUACUUUAUCGUCCAUCCAACCAACGGUUACGACACCGACGCCGGUAAAGAAGAGUGAUAACAUCAAUCAAAUAAUCGGUCAGCAAACCCAGUUGAAUAAGGCAUGGAGUGCGGACCUGGUGCGAUCCAAACAGGAUGAGAUAAAAAACUCCGUCAGCGCUCGGAUGCCACUUAACCGCAAGCUUGAACAGGACGAUAUGGAGGGAGUGGACGAGAAAGAAUGGGACGAAUAAUUUGUUGCAAAUCGGGUCCACUGCAAGACUGGUACCGUCUGGGUACAAACGGGGUCAUCCAAGACAGGGGACAGUUAGCGUAACUUUUUGAAUACUCUCUCUCUCUCCCUAUUUCAAAUGAAAACCAUCAAAACGAUCGGCGAUAGAAAGAAUUUUGUAAGCUGCAUCAUAUACGACAAAUAGCGUAACUAGAUUACUUUCUACCGAAUUUUAUAUGCAUAUAUUACUAAGAAGAUCUUAGCGCCUUGAUACAGUUUAUGAUACAACAAUGGCAAGGCGUAUUUAAACGGUCGUCUCACUAAAUAUUGAAGCAGAGAAUGAUGUGGACAAAUCUUAACUAUUAUGUAAGUAAUCAAACUGCCAACUGCCAUCAAACGCGUAUAAAGUAAAAAGACCAACUGCUUUUGUAUAGAAAAAGAGCAGAUGCAUUGCUUUCUUUUUGUGAAUUCUUUCGAUUGAACUUGGAAAAUUAGAUUUUUUUUUUCACAAUCUAUUGAUAUGAUGUGAAUUAUCUUUUCUUUUAAAAUGUGAAGCCCGAUCGUAUAAUUGGAUGCUAGUCAAACAAAGAUGCUCAAAUCAAUCGUAUUUUUUUUUAAAUAAUUGAUAAUCAUUAAAUCAUUGCUUGGCGCGAGUUUUGCUUUAUUUAUAGACGUGCAGAAUUGUAGGAUAAAACAUAAUGAAACAAGACAAAACGCAUACUCUUGAACGGUGCAGGUUAUUAGCGAAACGGCACAAAUUUUCUAACAGAAUUAGCAAGCUAAUCCGUUGGAAACAUCAAGUUAUGAAGGAAAUGGAAACGUAGGCAAAAACAAUUUAGUUGUAGCGUAGGUAUAUCACUCGGAUUCGUGAUGAUAUGAUUAACAACUGUGUGCUGAAUAUUUAUUUUUCGUCAACACUUUGUGAAGUAAUUGUGAUGAUUUCUUAUAUUGUAAGGUUAAAACUGUGCAUUGUUUUACAUUCUACUGUGUAAUAAUUUAGGCGUGCCAUUUCUAGACUCAGUCGUGACUUGCACAUGUGCUGUGUAUUUUUUUUGUCAAAACCAGUUCGAUUUCAAUCACUACGAUUUCGGUAAAAAUAAUAAACCUUUAUGCUAGAAUAUAACUUAUUCAAACAAAUUCAGCAUUAUUGGCAUUUAAAUUAGGCUAUGCUAUUAACCGCAAUACAAAUGAAUAAAUACAGAUAUUUACACUGCUUAUCCAAAUGAUUGAAAUGACUCUCUCUUAGUAGAACACACAUUCUUCAUUCAGAAUAUUUAUUCUAUAUCUGCUGGCAAAAAGUUAUUAGCAAAGAAAUCAUUCUGAAGUAAUAUUAGGUGAAAUUAUACUUAUUAUCAAGUCAAAAUAAAUGUUUUUACUGAGCAGAUCGAAUAUCUACCAUCGGUUGCAAUUUAGUAUGAGAUAAUGUUUCAUCUUCUUCCAACACAACAUCCUGGUGAAAGCAUUAGAGGAUAUAACUGAUAAAUAAAAUAUUGUGGUCGGUAUCGUAAUGUGCAAAGCUUCGCAAUGUCUUAUACAUGUAUUAAAACGAUACAAACGAUGAUUAUUAUUAUGCAGUAAGUAACCAAUGUAUUUUGAAUAAUCGCACGAGAUCGUGAAAAUGAGGAAAAUAUACAACAGACAUGAA